AUUCUCCAUAACACACUCUCACUCACUCUCACACACACACACUCUCGCUCCAGCAUCGGUGUGUCUGAUGGCGUUUCUCCGGUGGCUCCUCAGGCUGCUGACGGUCCUGAUCGUCUCUCACGGUCUGUGUGUUUUGUUUUAUUACACACCCAACACACACUCGUCCAGAGAGGCGAUGACGGACGCGCUUCAGCGGCUGCGCUGCGCUAAACUCAGACGCAAGUUCUCCGUCAUCACACCCGCAAAAAGUAUAGUCUGAACAUGAAGACUUUCACUCAGGACCUCAAUGAUUUCUUAAACUGCCCAUGCAAACCGAACAUGACCGAGCACGAGCAAAACAGAUUGAGGCUGCAGUUUUGCUGUAACGCCACAGGAUCGUUACUCCUCACCAAACGAAACACAGCUGUCAAUCAGACCAUCCCAUAUGAGACAAGCACAACAGAUACAUACACAAUGAAUGCAGCCAUUCACAGCAUGCUGCCUGAGGAUUUCCCCUGGAGCGGGCGUCGUCUGGGUCGGUGUGCUGUGGUCGGCAGUGGAGGGAUUCUGAAGAACAGCAGCUGUGGACGUGAGAUUGACAUCGCAGAUUUCGUUAUACGGUUUAAUUUGGCUUACAUUAAUGACAGUGAUGUUGGGCUGAAGACGGAUCUGAUAACCAUCAACCCCACUCAGAUUCAGAGAGAAUUCAAAAACAUGGAGCGAAAUCCGGAUCCGCUGGUGGAUCGGGUCAGUGUGUACGGAAACGCCUCCCUUGCUAUUCCUGCCUUUGCCUACACUUUCUGCACUGGACUGUCCAUCAAAACUCUCAAAGUCCUCCAUCCAAUCAGACCCCAGCAGCCGGUGGCGUUCUUCAGCCCAAUUUACCUGCGGGCAAUGGACCGUUUCUGGAAGGGGCGUGGCCUGAAGUCAGUCCGCCUCUCCUCGGGGUUUAUGCUAAUUAACACGGCUCUGGAACUGUGUGAGGAUGUGCACGUGUACGGAUUCUGGCCGUUUGGCGCCGAUCUGCAGGACAAUCCCGUUCCGUACCAUUAUUACGACCAGCUGAGGCCGCACCCCUACAUGCACAAAAUGCCGGAGGAGUUUGUGCGGCUUCUGCAGCUCCACAGCCAGGGGGCGCUGACACUGCACCUGCAGCCCUGCUCCUCAGACACACCCUGACAUCUGCACGCGCAAAGACGCCUCGUUUAACCUUAUAACGUGCACUUUUUGCAUCUGUAACCAUUGUAGACGUUAUCAAGUGCACUCCAUCCAGUGCGAUAUGUGUUACGGAAUAAGUGGUUAGGGCCAGAAUACGUAUUGAUUUGUUUUGCCAUUUAAACAACCUUGAUGACCAUGUUAACUGAUCUAUAAUGCGCGCUGGACGCUGUCGUGUGGAUCCGUCAGAUUAACAUCACGUAAUUCACCCAUUUCUCCCAAAAUGCAUGAAAGUAAGUGACCAGUGAACUGGGAAGAAGCAGAGUAAACUUUAUGGUCACCUACACAGUGUCUAUUUGAUAGGAAUAAAACAUGUCGUCAAAUUUUAAUUGAAAGAAUCAUUAGCGCCAACCAAAGCUCCAAUAUCAUUAUGUCUCAGUUAGCUAGUGAUAGGUUAAGAGUUGUUGUUUAAGAUGUGUGUUUAAUAAUUUAUGUUGUUAAAGUAACACUUUGUAAUGUAAUGUAAUGUUAAGUAACACUCUGUUCUGUAAAUGCAUUGUCUGCUGGUUUAUCUACUUUUCAGCACACCACAUAAAGAAUGGCUUGAAGAACUUUGCACCUACAGAAAUGAACUUUUAAAUACCAAUAAAUCAUAAAAUAUGUGCA